AUGCAAGCUCAAGAACAAGUUAUGGAGGCUAAGGAUGAUCGCCAUAAGAUCAAAGGAAAGCGAAACAAGCGGUCAAGGCCGUCAUCACCACUUGCAUUAACCAUGGCCACCACCAGCUCAUGCAGCACCGCCGCCAGUGACGGUGGUUUUGGCGGUGCAAGUGAUAUUUCAUGUAGCUUUGAUCGUUUUGCCGCCUCACCGCCUAAUUCAGAUGAACAUACUGAUGAAGAAGAAGAUAUGGCCAAUUGUUUAAUUCUUUUGGCCAAAGGCCACACCAGAAAACCAUCAGAACCGCCAGCAUCGGCGGCUUCCGCCUCCAAUAAGACGGCAGCAGUUGCGGCGGCUGUAGAGGUUUACCAGUGCAAGACUUGUAACCGGUGUUUCCCUUCAUUCCAAGCUCUUGGUGGACACAGGGCAAGUCACAAGAAACCUAAGCCAACAACCCUACAACAAAAUCCACAGAAUGUUCGAUUCAAUUAUGAUCACAGUACAAUUCUUUCACUUCAAAUCUCAAGCAAAAAUUCAGGCUGCAACCCACAAAACAAAUCUAGGAUUCAUCUGUGUACAAUAUGUGGAGCUGAAUUCAACUCCGGCCAAGCCUUAGGUGGUCAUAUGCGGCGGCACAGGGCGCCGCCGUUGGCUACGGUGGCACCUGAUAGUAGCCAUGAAGAGUCUAAAGAAGCAAAGAAACCAAGAAAUCUGUUGUCAUUAGAUCUUAAUCUUCCUGCCCCAGAACCAGAAGAUGAUGAUCUUCGAGAAACCAAGUUUUCUUUUGCAUCCAACGAAAUUAUCGUCUUCUCAGCCUCUCCUUUGGUUGAUUGCCAUUACUAG